CAGCCUCAUCAAAUGAAUCAGAUGGAAUUUUGAAUGGCUUCUCUACUGCUGAUCUGACCAAUGAAUUAUCGUAGAAUUAUGCUUUGCGAUUGGCCAGCUACUUCAAUAAAUGACACAGACAAUCUGCAGUCACCGACAUAUGUGGACUCUCUUGUCGCAGUUGGCUCAGGUCAAAGACUUCAGCGUCUGUCGCAACCAACCUGUACUUCAUCAUCCUUCACCAGAUAUCCUAACACCCCAGAUUAUUUGUUGAACAACCCAUCAGGAAGAGUUCCUAGAUUUUCCAUUUCGCCGUCGUCUUGCCAGUCAUAGUGGUCAAAUUUCUAUGCCAAGUUCCAGUGAUCAUGACGAGAAUGGAUGUGGCGAUGGACUACCCCGACACCCAGGGGUUCAACGACAGCGAGCUGGAGUCAUUUUCCUCAAUCUACUAUUACAUCUACAACGAUACCAAGGUGUCGUCAAAAUGGAAUGAGAUGAUGACAGUACUUUACGUCACUCUCCCUAUUCUUCUAGCAGUCAUUGGUAUUAUUGGAAACUCCACCGUCAUGUACAUCAUAUUCAAACACAGAGACAUGCAAACUGUGACCAACUAUUUCCUGGCAAAUUUGGCAGCUACAGAUGUGGCCAUGUUGACAUUAUGUGCCAUUCCUUCAGCCAUUGCUAUAAUCAUAGAGAUACCUCUUAGUGUCUGCAAAGGAAUCAAUUAUAUCAUGUUUGCGACUGUUCAAGCAACGUGCCUCACGCUAACAGCAAUGACGAUUGACCGUUACAACCUGAUUGUCCACGCUGUCAAAUCUAGGAAAACAAGAACCAUCAGAAAAACCGUCAUCACAAAUAUUUUCAUCUGGGCAGGGUCUUUUCUUCUUCAAGCUCCUGUUGCAACGUCCUCAACCAUAACAGAGUAUGGGAAAUGCAUGACUAUCUUUGCUACAAGGAGCGGGUCUAAUGCUUUCCAUAUUUUCAACACGCUGAGUAUGUAUGUGCUGCCUUUGACUAUCAUCCUCGUUUGCUAUGUCAAUAUAUUGGUCCAAGUAUGGCGAAAAGCCACCCAAGGUACGGAGAGUGCUCAAGCCCAAGAACGCUCCAUCCGUCGCAAGAGAAAGAUAACUCGAAUGGUUUUCAUCAUUGUCCUUCUAUUUGCCAUAUGUUGGUUACCCACGCACGUAAUCCGUUUGUGGGAAGAAUUUGACUCUGGUUUCCAUAUAAAAGCCGAUAAUGCUUACUUCGAUUUUGCAAACCUUAUCGCCUUCUGUCUCGUCUAUGCCAGCUCCUGCGUAAACCCAUUCGUGUACGCCUUCAAGACAACCAGUUUCAAGAAACACUUCAAGAAAUUGUUUGCGUCUUGCUGUCAUUCAGCCCAAAGUGCUAUGGGAUCUGUCAGUACCUUUAAGCUGUCUAAGUUUACCCGAGAUGAUGAGUCUAUCUAGCACAAGAACGAAAUUCCACUCUUCAAACGCAAGUCCAAAACACUUUUUUAGAUAUUCCAAUCAUGCAGUUAGUAACUGCAUACAGGUUAUAACUGAAAAUCAAACAACUGCAAACAUUAGUUUCUUGCAAACGAGGUUGUGCAAUUCGUGUGCGAGCACAAAAAACCCUUAUUUUGUAUUUGAAAUGUUCACGAUGAACAAGCAUGUACACCGGGACAUCUGACACAACAAUGCCUUAAUUUUGUCAAUUUGAAGAUUCUAUAUUUUGAGUGUAUAUGAUGUUUUGUCAAACUGUAAACCUAUUCAUCUCUAUUUCGCACUCGUAUGCGGAGCUUUAUAGCUCUGUAUGUUGUACAUUGUCUGAUUUAAAAAAAAAUCUAUAAGAGUUGUAUACAACAAUCAUUUUGUCACACGUAAUCAUCCAAAGUUCCUUCGUUCAGUCUAUAUCUUUCGGGUGUAUGUUGGUUCAAAAGAAAAACCAUGCGAAGCUUAAUAUUUAAUAUGUGGAUGGAAUGUAAUAAAAGCCUGUUAGUAGCAAAAUAAGUUUAUUAAUGUAUUAUGUAACCACAAUUUCUUACUUUUUAGUUGUCAAUUUCGAUGGAUACAAACUGAUUCAAUGAUUGCAAGGGGACAUCUCGAAUUGUGCGUCUGAAUAACAGAGCGUAUAUAGCGUAUAUCGUCGUAAGCCGGUUUUCAAUUUUUCCACCUUCACGCUCAUGGUCACGAUAGCGGAUGAUUCCAGAUGCUGAUUUUAAGUCGAAAGAGCGGACGAAUAAUACUAAUGACUGGCAUAAUCUCUGUCAAUCGAGACCUCUCGCAUUGUCUCGUGUUCACCAUUAACAUAUAUUGUAAGGCUUCGCUCAUUCAUGUCAUUAGCAUGAAGGGAAACAUUAAAAAAGUCAAAAGGUUACAUAAAAACAUGAAAGAAAAUAAAAUAUCCUGUUAAGUCGACAAUACACAUAUACAUUUAUUAAAAACCCUCUUUGAGUAAAGAGCUUUUUUU